AUGGCGCUGCCGCUGCCGCCGCCGGUCAUGGCGCUGCUGCUGCCGCUGCCGCUGGCGCUGCUGGCGGUGGCCGCCACGCCGCCGGAGCCGUUCCCGCUCCCUGUUCCGGCCGACCCGCCGCUGCCGGCCCAGCCGCCGGACGCGCUGUUUGCCGCCGGCGCCGAGGCGUACGCGCGGGGGGACUGGCCGGCCGUGGUGCUGCAGAUGGAGCGGGCGCUGCGGGCGCGGGCCGCCCUGCGCUCCCGCCUGGCGCGGUGCCGCCUGCGCUGCGCCAACGCCACGGCGGAGGGCGAGGAGGAGGGCGCCGACCCCCAGCCCGACCCGGUGCUCCGGGACCUGCGGUUCUUCCGGGGGCUGCUCCGCCGCGCAGCCUGCCUGCGGGGCUGCGGGCCCGCCGCGCCCUCCCGGUACCGCCUGAGCGAGGAGCUGGAGCGAGAGUUCGACCGGCGCAGCCCCUACAACUACCUGCAGGUCGCCUAUUUCAAGAUGAACCGGCCGGCGCAGGCGGCAGCGGCCGCUCACACCUUCUUCGUGGCCAACCCUGGGCACCAGGAGAUGAGGCAGAACCUGGAGUACUACCAGGCCAUGGUGGGGGUCCGUGAAGAGGACUUCACCGACCUGGAGGCCAAACCCCACCUGAGCGAGUUUCGGCUGGGGGUCCGGUUUUACUCGGAGGAGCAGCCAGCUGCAGCCAUCCUGCACCUGGAGAAGGCCCUGGAGGAGUAUUUCGUGGCAGACGCCGAGUGCCGCGCUCUCUGUGAGGGACCCUACGACUAUGAGGGCUACAACUACCUGGAGUACAAUGCAGACCUUUUCCAGGCCAUCACAGAUCACUCCAUGCAGGUGCUAAGCUGCAAGCAGGGCUGUGUCACAGAGCUGGCCUCACAGCCUGGCCGCGAGAAGCCUCUGGAGGAUUUCCUGCCCUCGCACUUCAACUACCUGCAGUUUGCCUACUACAACAGUGGGAAUUACGAAAAAGCCAUUGAAUGUGCCAAAACCUACUUGCUCUUCUUCCCACAUGACGAGGUGAUGAACCAGAAUCUGGCCUAUUACACCACUGUCCUGGGGGAAAACCUGGCCAGACCCAUCCAACCCCGAGAGGAGAUCCAGGUGUACCACCAGCGGAGCCUGAUGGAGAAGGAGCUGCUCUUCUUCAGCUACGAUGUCUUCGGCAUCCCUUUCGUGGACCCGGACACGUGGACACCCGAAGAGGUGAUACCAAAAAGGCUGCGAGAGAAACAGAAGGCGGAGCGGGAGACGGCGGCACGCAUCUCGGAGGAGAUCGGCAACCUCAUGAAGGAGAUCGAGACGCUGGUGGAGGAGAAGGCCAAGGAGUCUGCCGACAUGAGCAAGUUCAUCCGAGAAGGUGGCCCCUUGGGGUACGAAGGAGCGAGUGUCACCAUGAACUCCAAGGCCCUGAACGGCUCCCAGCGUGUGGUGGUGGAUGGAGUCCUCUCUGCCGAGGAGUGUCGGGAGCUGCAGAGGCUGACUAACGCAGCUGCCUCAGCCGGGGAUGGCUAUCGAGGGAAGACCUCUCCUCACACUCCCAGCGAGACCUUCUACGGCGUGACCGUCCUCAAGGCCCUCAAGCUGGGCCAGGAGGGCAAGGUGCCCCUGCGCAGCGCCCACCUGUACUACAACGUGACGGAGAAGGUGCGGCGCAUGAUGGAGUCCUAUUUCCGCCUGGAGGUCCCGCUCCACUUCUCCUACUCCCACCUCGUGUGCCGCACGGCCAUUGACGAGAAGCAAGAGGGUCGGAGUGACAACAGCCACGAGGUGCACGUGGACAACUGCAUCCUCAAUGCAGAAGCUCUGGUGUGCGUGAAGGAACCCCCAGCCUACACAUUCCGGGAUUACAGUGCCAUCCUUUAUCUCAACGGAGACUUCGAAGGAGGAGCUUUCUACUUCACCGAGCUGGAUGCCAAGACGCAGACCGCGGAGGUCCAGCCGCAGUGUGGCCGUGCCGUGGGCUUCUCCUCGGGCUCGGAGAACCCCCACGGGGUGAAGGCCGUGACCAAGGGCCAGCGCUGCGCCAUCGCCCUCUGGUUCACCCUGGACCCCCGGCACAGCGAGCGGGAGCGUGUGCAGGCAGAUGACCUGGUGAAGAUGCUUUUCGGCACGGAAGAGGGGGAUUUGGAGCCAGAACCCGAGCAGGAGCCACCCGCUGCCGUUGUGGUGGGGAAGGACGAGCUGUGAUGUCCCACAAGGGCCCAGGAUGUCCCUGCCGGGACCAGUGACACCAGCAUUGCAGCUUUGGGCUGCUCAGUCACCGGGGUGACAUGUGGGACCCCCCUCUGCCCCUAACCCGUGUGGGGUGGGGCACUGGGGAAUGCCCUGCCCUGCCCCUGCAUCAUCCAGCAUCCCCCCGUGGAGCUGAGCUGGGAUGUGAUAGAGACUCAGAG